GUUUUGGUGAGUUGAGAAAAGUUCAUUUAAACAAUUUAACGUUUUUAAAAGCGUUUAAUUUGAUCGCUUACGACACAGUUUUGAAGAUUUUGUUCCGAAUGUAGCAAUCGAUAAACACGGAGUGAUGAUGGAUGCAGAUGGAGACAAAUCGUACGACUUACUCCGCUGUGAUGAAUGCCUCCCCAACUCACCCGGCAUCCCCACCAGCGACAGCUACAUGGAAUACGAUGAUCUCCCAGAGCUGCAGCAGGUGCAGGAGGAGGAGGAGUCAGCUGCAGCUGGUGUUUACCAGGUGGAGGUGGGCGUGUCACACCAGGAGCGACACGGGCACACGUACGUGCGCUCACACAGUCCCGAGCCUCCUGACACAUGCUGGCUGACUCAGCUGGCUCAAAUAGCCACCGGUCCGCAGAGCCCACUGCUGCAGGGUUCUCCUCCCAGCAGCUCCUCUCCCGUGUGCAUCUCCGUCACCAGCAGUGACCUACAUUCCUACGCUCGACCCCCUCCUGCUUUAUCCGGCAGCUCUUUGCCGCCCCUCACAGGCCAUGUCAGGAACUGGAGGCGCAACAGGACGAGCAGUGAGUGCAGCUCCGCCGUGUCAACCAGAUCCUCCUUGUCCGACGAUGAAAACAUGAGCUGGAGUUUCUCCUGGCCGGCCACCGUGUGGCACUGUUUUCUCAAAGGCACUCAGCUGCAUUUCCACGAUGACACUAAGGUGGAGUGGCGGGACGUCGAGGAUCUAGACUCCGGUGAGGAAGAUGCCGGCGACGAGGAGCUGCCCCUCUCUCUGAAGGGUUACGGCUCCGAGGGUCUGCAGCUGAUGUGGCAUUCAGAGGUCGUGCUGUCUGGCCAAGCCGUACUGCAGCUAACCUUUGACCCCGGGGCAUUUGGACAUGCCCCACUGACUGCCCAGUGCCAACUUGACCACCCGUUCUAUGUCAAAAACAAAGGGUGGGCGUCGUUCUAUCCGAGCUUGACCGUGAUGCAUUAUGGGAUACCCUGCUAUGAAAUGGCAGUGGGAGACGUGUCCCUCCCUCCGGGACACCGAGAUGCCAAACACACAGAUGACUGCCAAGCGUUUGACACAUUCCGAAGUUCUGAUUUCACUCCUCUCGACUUCUCGGCGGUUUACGUUUUGAGCAGUAUGGCAAGACGCCGCUGCACCUUCCAGUCCAGCAGGAGCGCUGUUUCCCCAGAUGGACAUGCAUCGCAAGAUGCUUGCUUUCCCGGCCACACCCACUCUCCUUAUCAAAAGCCAAUCAAAGGGCAGCAUCUGUGCACACCUGGAAGCGGGAACGGCGCACCUACUAAGUGCAAGCGGCCAAUGAAUGCCUUCAUGCUGUUUGCCAAGAAGUACCGAGUGGAGUACACACAGAUGUACCCGGGCAAAGACAACAGAGCGAUCAGCGUCAUCCUCGGUGAACGGUGGAAAAAGAUGCGAAACGAGGAGCGGCGGGUGUUCACCCUACAGGCCAAAGCUCUUGCGGACGAACAGAAAAGAGUCAACCCUGACUGCUGGAAACGCAAGCGAUCCAACUGUGGAAAUUAAGGCUCCAGACAAGAAGACACACGUGUAAAUAAAAACUAACUCAUUCACAAAGGGGGAAAAAGAAGAAGGUGGUGUGAUUAAGUUACAGUUCUUCAGUAUCACAUCGUGUUGGUGACGGCCAUUAAUUGAUCU